UCGCAACAUCAGUGCGGUGUGACGCGCGAUCAGGCGGAGCGACGCAGACCAGACGCGAACACCGCGCGUCCGCCGCCGCUUUAAUGCUUUCUAGACAACUCAAGAACGAUUUCCAGGAUUUGUGAGAAGACGCGUGAUGCUGUGCUUUCUGCUCCUGACGCUCCUCUGGACGCUGGUCACUGCAGCGCUGCAGUCGUCCACAAACACUGCCGCAAGCCUGCAGGACGAUGGAACAAGGCCGUAUAUUUACCGCUGCCGCUCGCCCAACAUGGAGAUCUUCACCUGCUGGUGGCGUCCAAUCGCGAAUCAGGACAACGUCACCUACACGCUCCAGUACACCACGGGUGAGCGCACUCCUCAGGAGUGUCCCGAUUACGUGAGCGGCGGCAUCAACAGCUGCUUCUUCGAUGCCAGACACACUCAGGUCUGGGAGAUGUACUGCAUGAACGUGACGGCGCACACACGCGCCGGACCCAUUGCCUCCCACAAACACUGCGUGGACGUCGCUGAUAUAGUGGAGAUCGACCCGCCCUUUAACCUGUCGUACAUCAUGCUGAACGAGAGCGUGGGUGAAUCGGGCCGCAGUAUUCUGCUGUCCUGGCUGAAUCCGAUUGAGUCUCAGGUGCGCGAGGGAUGGAUCACGCUCGUCUACGAGCUGCGCUACAGACACCUCGCUCAGCCAGACAACUGGAGGGUAAAAGAGCGUUUGCGAGAGCCUCAUGUGGAGUUGUUGGAUCUGCCGGUGGGAAAGUGUGAGUUCAUGGUGCGCUGCACACACACACACACGCACACACACACACUCGCACACACACGCACACACACACACACACACACAGGACCCGUCUGUCAGACUGAUAGUCGCAGCUCUAAAUGUAGCUCUGUCUGUCUCUCAGAUCGGACAUUGGCCUUGAUCCUCGUGACCAGCAUCGCCAUCAUGGUCUUCCUCAUCGUGGGUUUGGGGAUCGCCCCGCGAGGCAAGAGAAUUAAAUCGUUCCUCCUGCCACCGAUUCCCAAGCCGCGCAUCCGAGGGAUUGAACCGGUUCUGCUGAAGAAGGGGAAGAUUGACGAGAUCAAUCGUCGUUUCUCCAGCUUUCACGGCUAUAAGUCGCCGCAGUACAGCAUAGAGAUGUGUUACCAGGUGAGCGUGGACCCAUGUCCGGCUGCGACGCCGUAUAAAUGCGAGGACACACUGAUUGCCGACAGACAACCGCCUGCGCAGACAAGCUGCAGUCCUGCGCCCUACUGCCGUGGCCCCGCCCCCUACUGCGAGGGAGCCACGCCUGCUUCAAACCCUGACCCCGCCCCCUACUGCGAGGGAGCCACGCCUCCUUUAAACCCUGGCCACACCCCCUACAGUGAGGGAGCUCCGCCUCCUUCAAACCAUGGCCCCUCCCCUUAUUGUGUAGGAGCCCCGCCUCCUUCAAACCCUGGCUCUGCCCACCCGGAGCUCAUGUGCGUCCCAGGCAUGGACUACAGCAUGAUUCUAAACCCCGCCCUCACGCCGCCACAGGACUUCUACACCUGUGUGAAGGGCGUGACGCCCGGCGGAGCGCUGCACCUGGUGCCCUGUCUGCCCGACGCUCUGAAGAACACGCCCUAUCUGCAGUUCACAGACGACUGCGCAGACAAGAGCAGCCAGCUGACGGCGCUGCUGGAGAAGCAGAUGGAGGCGCUGUUGAGCUCGAGCAACUCGGACCCCAGCGAAGCUGCCCUGCCUCUGCUACCUCACUCAUCAGACACGAACUGAGCACAAACCAGGAGCUAACGCACAUGCGACAUACAAUCACACACACUAACAGUCACGCAGUCUGUGCUGGAUUGUCUCGAUAGGACACAUGACUGGUGUUUCUGUUCAGAACGAGCACAUUCCCUGCCUGAUUCACAGCACAAGCAUAUUUUUUCACUGCACGAUAAGAAACGAGGUUGUUGACGUUGAAGCAUGAUUAGCGUGUCAGAUCAAAGCAGGAGCAUCGCAUCAGCGGAUGUGAUUUGAGCUAUAUUUGUGACCCUGGAGAACAAAACCAGUCAUAAUGGUCAAUUUUUUUAAAAUUGAGAUU